AUGGAAGAAUUACUGGCACCCGCUCGACCAGUUCGAAGAUCAACGGGAGUCAAGGUGAUCAAGAUGCCGACCACUCAGCUGAACAUCGUUGUCUCGCAACCGAGGAUAGUGGCUGGUGAAACUCUUCAUGUUAGCGUGUUGUUGGACUCUGCAGAUCCGGGCACAGUGAUUCAGAGUUUGACGGCAGAAGUGAAAGGUGUCGGACGAACCGGUUGGGUAAACAUCCACACAGACAAAAUAUUUGAAACAGAAAAGCUGUAUCUUCUCAACCAAUUUGUGCUGUGCCCACCAGGAAUGCCAAUUGCUGUUGGCAAGCAUCAGUUCCCUUUACAGGUGGUAAUCCCGGAAAAUGCCCCAAGCAGUUACGAGAGUCAAUUUGGAACUGUGCGAUACCAGAUAAAAGUGGUUUUGUCCGCCAACACAGAACAGGCUUCCUGCACCGAGGUGUUCCCAAUUGUUGUUCUAGCUCGUUCAUUUUUUGAUGAAGUGCCUAUCAAUGUAUUAUCUCCCAUUGAUUUCCGAGACGAGGUCGAUUUCACUUGUUGCUCACUCCCGUUUGGAUGUGUUUCUUUAAUGGUUUCACUUCCGCGCACAGCAUUUCGUUUAGGAGAGGCUGUUGAAGCUGAGGUUACGGUGAACAACAGGACACGAAAAGGUUUAAAAGAAUGUGCGAUACAAUUAAGUAUGAAGACGCAGUAUGAAGCUAUGAGUAGAUAUGAACACGUAAACGAGAAGAAGCUAAGCGAACAUCUCAUUGAACUUGUUCCGCUAGGAAAAGUGAAAGCAAGACACAAACAGAUCUUUGCAAAAUGCUGCGUCCGCAUCCCAGAAGGGGCUCCUCCUACGCAGAACUACCAUCGAGACGGAGGCGAGACAGCAAUCAUUGCGAUUCACUACGUGUUGAAAUUUAUUGCACUGCCAGGAAUCGAGUGCGAAAUUCCACUCGUUGUUACAUCAAUGGGUUAUGCAGACUCAGCCAAACAUGCCGCUUUUGUGCUGCACUCACAACGGAAGAACUCCGGCCAGCAGAGAACUGUACGGAAUAUUGUCGAAGAGGAGUUGACAUGCUAA